GGACCCAUGUUUGUAAUUUUAAUGGUGAUGAUGGUGACUUUGGUCGUUGUAAUAGUGUUGGGUAACGCACUGGUCAUUUUGGCUUUUAAAGUGGACAAGAGUUUAAGGACACAAUGUAAUUACUACUUCCUGAAUUUGGCAAUAUCAGAUUUUCUUGUAGGGGCAUUCUGCAUCCCAGUCUACAUGCCUUACAUCCUCACAGGCAGGUGGACACUGGGCCAGGGACUGUGCAAGCUGUGGCUGGUCAUGGACUACCUCCUUUGUUCUGCGUCUGUCUUCAACAUUGUCCUCAUCAGCUACGACCGCUUCCUGUCAGUCACCAGAGCAGUAAGUUACCGUGCCAGACAGGGCAUGACUCAUCAAACCAUAAUCAGGAUGAUUGCUGUCUGGGUGCUAGCCUUUGUCCUGUAUGGCCCAGCUAUCAUAUUCUGGGAGCUGGUGGUGGGCAGAAGCCGCGUGCCAAAGGAUGAGUGCUUUGCGGAGUUCUAUUACUCUUGGUACUUCCUGCUGAGUGCCUCCAUGCUGGAGUUUUUUUCCCCUUUCAUCUCUGUGGCUUUCUUCAACCUCAGCAUUUACCUCAGUAUUCGCAGGAGGAGGCUCCACAGCAGGGAGGCCCAGCUCCACCUUCAACUGGGCAAAACCGCCUCUGCCCAGGGAAAAGGUACCUCCCUGUCCCAAAACCCGGGGGUUGGGGUGAAACUGGCUGUAAGAGGUACUAUCCACUCCCAGACCGGCUCUCCCAGUUUGGGUAAACUAGAUCCGUCAACCAGCAGGGCUGCCCACCCUAGCCGUCUGUCCAGGGAUAAGAAAAUUGCUAAGUCCCUGGCCAUCAUAGUGUGUGUGUUUGCCAUCUGCUGGGCACCGUACACCCUACUGAUGAUCAUCCGUGCUGCCUGCAGAGGGCGGUGCAUCCAGCAUCACUGGUACGAGGUCACCUUCUGGCUCCUGUGGCUCAACGCUGCUAUUAACCCAUUCCUGUAUCCGCUUUGCCACAGUAGCUUCCGCAGGGCCUUUAGCAGGAUUCUCUGCCCAAGGCGACAUACUACUCCCCUAUCAUCUGUCCUUCGUGCUGGCCAGUGACAAGCUUAUACCCACGGAAGGAUGGGGAUGAACAAUGUGCCAAAACUAUGGAUGGCAAUAUUCAAAAUCAAACCCAUAAAUUACACAGUUUCAGCAGAUGAAGAUAAACUGUGAAUCAUAGUUUGUCACAUAGAUCAUAAUUAUUGACUGUCAAUUGUGCAUUUCAGUGUUUGGAUGUAUAAGGUUGGUACUGUACAGUAUGAUGUUAUUUACAGUUUUCACAUCUAAGGUAUGUAUAAACAUCCAUCACAAGCAUGAAAGUAAUUCUCCUGUCUGAAUAUACCAACGAAAGUGUGGUGAUCAUUUAGUACAGUUUUCACAUGUAAAGAAAAGUUAUGGAUUUUGAUAUUUGUUUUGAUUGAUUUCCAUACAGGCUGGAUAUCAUUUAAUCAAUUAUGUUGUCUCUUUGUUUUGCAGCUUGUACCUUGAAUUUAUGUUAUUAUAUGAUUAUAUUAUAUUUAUCAUAUUAUAUUGAGGAUUUAUGCUCAGAAAAAGUGUUGUCUUCACUGUGACAUCCUUGCUUCAGCUAAAGUAAAACAGAUCACUAUCACCCUCUGCUGUUUACUUGAUAUUAUUAGAGAAGUACUGUGACA